GAGUGAGAGAGAGAGAGAGUGUGUGUGUGUGAGUAAGUGAGUGAGUGAGAGAGCGAGAGAGCGAGAAACAAACUAUCAACUAUCGCAAAAGUGAAAACCGGACAGAGUGUCAGUGAGCGCUGCUUUCCAACACUGCGCUUUUACGCGGAUCCGCGUUUUUACCGCCGGCAGCGAGGACGCGCUCGAUUUCCCUUUCAAGCCAGAACAUAAAGCUCAAAAGAAAAAAGAAAAAAAAAAGAAAAACAACACGGCUUGUGUCAGCUGGCAUUGGCAUGAGCUAACCCGAUCAGACAUGGAAACCAAACCAUUCUUAUCAUUGGGGUUCCUGAAACCCCAGUGCUCGCUGGCGCCGCCCCCUCAGAGAGGCCGCUCGGGGGAAUCCUGCUCCUGUUUCAGCGGCAUGUGUCCUCUCCAUCAGCGCAGACUCUCCACAGACUCAGGUCAUGUGACCUCAUCUCCUCUGAGCUCUCCCACGUCUCACCGUCCCAUGCAUCCUCCCCUGCUGAGCCCGACUUCCAUCGGAGCCUCGGGAUCCCUGCACUCACCCAUCAGCACACUCAGCUCGCCAAUGAACGGCCUCGGCUCUCCCUUCUCCGUCAUCAGCUCGCCCAUGGGCCCGCACUCCAUGGCGUCUCCCGGCAUGGCCUACGGCCCCAGUGUUAGCCCACAGAUGUUACAGUUGAACUCGCCGAUGAACUCCGUCAGCAGCUCGGAGGACAUCAAGCCGCCAGUGGGCAUCAACGGCAUGAUGAAGGUGCCAGCGCAGUCCUCGGGGACGCCUCUGUCUCUCACCAAACACAUCUGUGCUAUCUGCGGAGAUCGCUCCUCUGGUAAACACUACGGCGUCUACAGCUGUGAGGGGUGCAAGGGGUUCUUUAAGAGAACCGUACGGAAGGACCUGACCUACACCUGCAGAGACAACAAGGACUGCGUGAUCGACAAGCGGCAGCGGAACCGCUGUCAGUACUGCCGCUAUCAGAAAUGCCUGGCUAUGGGCAUGAAGAGAGAAGUUUUUUUGCAUACAGCCGUUCAGGAGGAGCGCCAGCGAGCCAAGGAACGUAACGAGAACGAGGUAGAGUCAAGCAGCAGCGCCAACGAGGACAUGCCGGUGGAGAAGAUCCUAGAGGCCGAACUCGCCGUCGAACCCAAGACCGAGACGUACAUCGAGACCAACCUGGGCGUGCCGUCCAAUUCGCCCAAUGAUCCAGUCACUAAUAUCUGCCAGGCGGCAGACAAGCAGCUCUUCACCCUGGUGGAAUGGGCCAAGAGGAUCCCGCACUUCUCUGAACUGCCCUUGGACGAUCAGGUCAUCCUGCUGCGAGCAGGAUGGAACGAGCUGCUCAUUGCGUCGUUCUCGCACCGCUCCAUAGCCGUAAAGGACGGAAUUCUGCUUGCCACCGGGCUCCACGUGCACAGGAACAGCGCCCACAGUGCCGGAGUGGGAGCUAUAUUCGACAGAGUGCUCACAGAGUUGGUGUCAAAGAUGAGGGAUAUGCAGAUGGAUAAAACAGAGCUGGGAUGCCUACGAGCCAUAGUGCUGUUCAACCCAGACUCUAAAGGCCUGUCAAACCCCAGUGAAGUGGAGGCUCUGAGGGAGAAGGUUUACGCCUCUCUGGAGGCAUACUGCAAGCAUAAAUACCCCGAUCAACCCGGGAGGUUCGCAAAGCUGUUGCUGCGGCUGCCUGCGCUGCGUUCCAUCGGCCUUAAGUGUCUAGAACACUUGUUCUUUUUCAAGCUCAUCGGGGACACGCCCAUCGACACCUUCCUCAUGGAGAUGUUGGAGGCGCCUCAUCAAAUGACAUAAAGAUAUCACGACCCUCCUGUCGCCCUGGGAGACUGGGAGGAAGCUAGCACCUCCUUCUUAACAAAGACUCCUCCUUAAAUGUGACGUUAUACGCUGGACGGGGGCUCAGCAAGCUGUUCCCUCCAAUCUGUGUCUCAUAACGUGCCCGCAGGGUCUCUUUUUAUACUUUGUAUAAAGAUAUAAAUAAAAAGAUUAAUAAUUUGAGUGGGACUCUAAAGGCAACAAAUAAUACAGGACAUGAUGACUAAACCAUAAGUUCAUGUAAAAAAAAAAACAACAACAACAAAAAAAAAAAAACAAUAAAGGAAGCAAAACACAACAAGAGACUCUUCAGACAGAAGGAUUGUUGGAAAGCAUGGUCUUGGGAAUGAUGCGAUCGAAGCUGUGGAGAUGAUCUGGCUCUUGACUUAAGGAAAGGAAAGCUCCACACCAGGCCUUCAACAGUAUGAACAACAUCUGGCUCCAGAUGUCUGGGGAUAUGAGCGCUCAGAGAUGGAUUGCACAUCAGAGUGUGAAUCACGACGAUGACGAUAACGAUAAAGACGAGCUUUCAGAUCAGGAGAACCGAGCACCAUCUUCACGUGACUUCUGGUUUGAACAAUGGGGGAACAUUUAUGGCUUUGAAUGCCCAGGUGUUAACAGCUGUUCCUCAGCGUACUGGUAUGAGCGAUACCGUCCCACAGUUAAAACCAGAUCGUGUGAGGGAACAGGAAACGAAAAACUUUUUUGUUUGUAGGGACUCCACUCACAACUCUCGAAGACUUUUCACUGUGUCUCAGUUCCCGCCCAGACGUACAUGGAUAGUUUUGAACACGUAGUUUUAUUCUCAUCGUUUUUUAGCUUUCUGUCCACACAUUUUAGGUCACUUAGAACAAAGCUGGCCUUCAAGCUAAAGUAAUUUCAGAAAACGUUUACGUCAUAGCGCGAGCUGGUCUAUAUUAUUGCUAAUUGCUAAAUGAUGCAUUUUAAUUCCUCUACCGGUAAAUGCGCAUGCUCUUGAUGUAUGACAUACUGUCGCCACCUACUUGGACCGUCUUCUCAUGUGAGCUUUCUUUUAAAUGAUCUUUGCAUUUUUAUGUCGAAAUAGAUAAUUUCUAAAUAUGUGGGUUGAGAUACUUUCGGAAACAGUAUUAGUGUGAACAGGGAGAGUUUCUAAAACACUGUCAGUAUGAACCAAUAACUUUUUUUGUACAACAUUGUGGGUGUGAACGGAAAUAUUUUCAAAACAAGUCAGCAUGAUUAGAGAUAUUUUCGAAAACACUGUCAGCAUGAACGAAUUUCUUUUUCUGUAACACGUUCUGUGGGUGUGAAAGGAGAAAUCUUCGAAAACACUGUUAGUGUGAAUUUAGAAAUUUUCGAAAAAACAUUGCUGGUGUAAACUGAGCUAUUUUUUUUUUAAAACAGUGUGAACUGAUUUUUUUUUUUUCUUUCAAAAACAGUCAGUAUAAACGGAAAUUUUAAAAACACCAUCAUUAUGGAAAAAUUUUUAAAAACAACAUUUAGCAUGAGAUAUUUUCGACAGUCAGUAUGAGCGAAGAAAUUCCUAAAACCCUUGUCAAUAUGAAUGGAGAUAUUUUUUUAAAAAGCAAGGAAAUUUUCGAAAAAUAUUGUUUGUGAGAUCGGCGAUAAUUUUUAAAAGUACUGCUCAUAUGGACGUAAAUAUUUUCUGAAAAAAAAAAUUUGUGUGGGUGGAUUUUUUUAUUUUUUUUGCCUUUUUUUAACAGUAGAAUAAAACUAUGUUUUUCAAAACCAUCCAUGUAUGUGUGGACGAGGCCUCAGAGAAGUCCAGAUCAUCACUAAAGCAGGUGGUUUGCGGUACACCAGUUCACCUCCGCCGUAGUCAAGCCCAGGUGUGGACUGCUGCAUCACUUGUACACAACGUUACUGCCACACUCAGUAUUCAUUUCUGUUUCACAACGUGCAAUUACCUCUUUCACUCCUCCGUCGUCGGUCCCUGACCCCCCCUAACCCCCCACCCCCACGUCCCUUUCCCUGCAGUUCACCUUAUGAGGACGUCUUUGUUUGUUAGCACUUAACCUCAUACUCUGAGCCUUACCUGGUUAGUUGGCUCUUGAGGGGGGACAGGGGCCAAUGACCAUCCACAACCUGCACUUCUCUGGGCAAACCAAGUGUCGUUUAAGAUUACAUUUUUUUGGUUUUUUUUUUUUUUUUUGUCUCUAUCUUUGAGUGUGAAAUGUCCUGAGCUUUGUAAUGUUUCUAUAUUCUCCAUCUUUGUUUCUUUGUUGUUGUUUCUUUCCCAAUGCUGCUGCUGCUGCUUAACUAUGCAUCUUAGCAUUUUUUCCAAAGACUGCCCAUGGUGAGGCUGAUGUCACCCCCCGCAACAAAAUCUCUACAGCACAUCAAACCAGCCCUGAGCCUCAGUUUAAGUUUAAUUUUGACCUUAAGAGGAGCAGGAGCAGGGAUUGGUUCCCCCCGGUGCUAAUGUGUACGCGCGCAGAGUUCUGCUGCGAGCGUUUAUUUGCAGUGAGGAAAUGAGAGAGCUGUUACUUCCCCCUGGUGGAUGAGGUGCAACACUGCGUAAUUACUUGAAGGAAUUAAUUGGGGAAAAAAUGGCACUUUUUCAAUGUAUUAUAUCUUUCAUUUAUCUGGACAAAGGAUCGGACAUGGAUUCGUAAUCGGUUAAUAUAAUUAACUGAAUUUCUGUUUUUUCUUUUUUUUUAGAAAAAUUUUGAAUAUUAUUGAAGCUGACAGCUGGGGAACUUUUAUUCCCCUUAGUUUUAGUUUAAUUGCCAGCAGUGAUAAGAGUCUUGAUCAUACAAACAUGGUGGUGGAAAAUCGUUAAAUUGUAAAGAAAAACUAAACAAAAUCUAGUUAAUCAGACAAGAUAUGAUUACUGAUCUGGAGUAUACAGCGGUACCUCGGCAUAUGGAUUGUUCUUACAGCGGAAUUUCGUAUUGCGAAACACAUUUUCCCAUAGGAAAUAAUGUAAAUGCAGAUAAUCUGUUCCAGCCACCCAAAUAUAUUACCAAUAUUACCAUUUUCCAACACUAUAAUCAUAUUCUUUGCAUAUAAAAUCAAUCAAAAUAUUUGGAAAAAAAAGUUAUCUAAAUGAAAAAAAAAAUAGGCAUUAAACCUCAUUUAACCUUUAUUUAUGAUUCCUCUUGGCACCGGCUGCUUUUUAUGUUGGUUGUAUGCCAAAAAUGCUUCGUAUGCUAAAGCAAAUUUCUUGCAAAAAUUUCAGUUCUUAAGGUGAAAAUUCAUAAGGUGUAGCGUUCGUAUGCCGAGGAUCCACCGUAUUUACUCUUUUAGUUUUGGCACUGGAGCUAUGAUGCUAAUCUAGCUAACUAGGAAUGGUACCCAAAGACUUUUCCUCAGAUAAUAUUCAGGUAUUUAGACACGUAGGACACAGUUUGACCUACUGGUUUCACAGAACCAUCAGCCCAAAACACAGUCCAAAAUUUUAUUCGUUUUAAAUCACAGAGGUCCUGCUACUUAAUCAAUAAUUGUCAGUGACACAGAUAAUUGGUGUAUGCUAGUUAUUUUAAUUAAUUUAUCUUUUUUUUUUGCCUGGUUGUGUUAGCAAUGUUGCUACUUUUUUUUUUUUUUACUUCACCCUACCUGACAUCAGAACAGAUUGUUGAAAAGCAUUUUGUCCUUCUCCAUGAUCACCAAAGCAUUACAUUAUUUACCACCUAAAGCUAAUAUAUCAGGGCAUUGGAGGCUCAGUGCUACUGUGGGUUUCCCACCAUAAAUGAUACGAGCCUAAAAAUGCCAUGCGGCUCAAUUCCCACCCAAUGCCGAAACUCCAGCCACCGGAUGCAGUACCGGUUCCAAGCCCGGAUAAAAUGUGAGGGUUGCGUCAUGAAGAAACCUGUGCCGAGGUGUGUACGUGGCGGAUGGUUCACGGUGGCGACCCCUCGAUGGGAGCAGCUGAAAGACUGUGUGUGUAAAUGGCGUUCUUCAGCUGUGUAUAUGAUGGCAGAUGCUUGUGGAAAAGAUCUUGCCUGCAGAAGAUUUCCAUUACUUGUAAGCAACAUUAGCUUUGUCGCUCCAGUCCGAAACUAAAGAAACAAACGCCAGACCCCCAACGCCUCUUGGCUGAGCAGUUAUAUUUGAUUUUCUCAAGAAUUGCCUUGUAAAAAAAAAAAAAUUAUUCACAGGAAUUGACUCAAAACCAAAUUACUCCUUGACAAAUCAGGUUUUGAGGCAAGAAUUGUCACAGGGUUCCUGAAGCCAUAUACAGAUUUGUGAAAUUGCUUACAACCAAGACGCGCUCUCCUGCAACCAACACAAGUCCUCUGACCUUAAAGAUCGUCAUCGCUUUAUAUAUAUAUAUAUAUAUAUAUAUAUAUAUAUAUAUAUAUAUAAAGCCUUUACGAUGACGAUAUAUACAUAUAUACCCUAAAGCUAUAUUUUGUCUAUAUGUACAUGUGUAUAUAUUUAGAAAUACAAAUAUAUAGAAAUAUACAAUUCUUUCCUUAAAUGUUCCCAGUGUUUUAGUGUUAGCAGAGAGACAAGUGCUUCGUGCCCUACUUUAGAAAACAGGCCUAAUUGCACUGUGUAAUAUUCGGAAAGGUUUUAGAAAGGAGUGUUUUAUAUUUUGUAAAAAAAAAAAAACCUGAUUGCUGAAGUACUAGCAGGUCUAAGCGCUAACACAUGAUCACGCACCAGCUCCUUCACUGUUUUACAAUCACAAUCAUGCUUACGAGACCUAAAGAACUGCGACGACAAGCCAAAAAAAAAAAAAAAAGGAAAUACAAAAAAACAAGAGGCAAAGAAGAAGCCGUUUGCUCUGUCGGCUGUGUAUAUACAACACGGCGAUCCAUGAAACGGGUUUUAUUCAGGUGCAUUUUUUAAAACCUGGGUCUUUUCAACUAUCAAUUAAGUGAUAAUCAGGAACAUCUUUGAUUGUGAUUAUGAUUAUGAUGAUUGUGAUCCGAAUCGACUCGAUGAGUACAGGCUGAACAGGGAACUAAAGGAGAAAGGGGGAGAAGGUUAUGUAAUUGCCUAACGAGGAUGACCUUUGACCGUAACACAAUCACUUGUUUAGUUGCUACACAGAGAGACACCUAAAAAGAUCUAUUUUUGUACAAAUGUAAUUUUAUCACGUGCUUAUUUCUUCAUACCUUCCUUCAUACCUCCUACGUGGGCUGUUGUAUACAUUGUGUAAAUGUUAAUUUGAUAUGGGAAAGAGUCGAGACACUCAGACCUCUAUAAAAGUCGGGGACGGGAACCGAGAGGCCCUUUUGCAGCUUUUGCCUGUACUUUACCUUUUUGUUUUUGUUUUGUUUCCUAUUUCAUGUCACUGAGUGACAGGAUCCUCUGCCUAAUUUUUUUUUGUCUGUUUUCGAGAUGUUAUUUGUGCUUUGUUCGUUGUUGUUCUUUCAUGAAAGUAAGAAAAAAAAAUAAAAGUUUAAAAAGAUUA